AUGGCGUGUGUAUUACCCGGCGUUGGUGGGAGCGAGACAGCACCGCAACGGCCGUACUUCGACGACGUGUCGCCUCGGAAUGUGUCGGCGGUUGUCGGGCAGUCCGCCAUCUUGCGGUGUCGGGCCAAACACAUCGGCAACCGGACGGUAUCCUGGAUGAGGAAACGCGACCUCCACAUCUUAACAUCGCACAUCUUCACAUAUACCGGUGACGCGCGGUUCAGCGUGCUCCACCCUGAGCCCUCGGAUGACUGGGACCUUCGCAUCGACUACGUCCAGCCGAGGGACGCUGGGGUUUACGAGUGCCAGGUCAACACCGAGCCCAAGAUCAACAUGGCUGUCAUGCUUAAUGUUGAAGCGGCGGCAGCGACCAUCUGGGGUUCGCAGGACGUGUAUGUGAAGAAGGGUAGCACGAUAUCUCUGACUUGCUCAGUCAACGUGCACUCGACGCCGCCUUCGAGCGCAUCUGUCUUAUGGUACCACGGCAACUCAGUGGUGGACUUCGACUCCCCUCGCGGGGGGAUCAGCUUGGAGACGGAAAAGACAGAGGGAGGCACCACCAGCAAACUGCUGGUUACCAAGGCCGCCCUCACCGACUCCGGCAACUACACCUGCGUGCCCAACAACGCGCACCCCGCCUCCGUCUCUGUGCACGUGCUCAAUGGCGAGCACCCAGCAGCGAUGCAGACCAGCAACAGAGCGUCGUCAUACCUCACGUCGCAGCUGAGCUGCGCACUUGCGACAUACCUGCUCACUUCCACCUUCUGCAGAUGAUCGGCUUGAACCGUCGGCUUGGACACACUGUCGGCUUGCCACUGUCGGCUUUGCCGCACUGACGGCUUCCCGACACUUUAGGCUUGGCGACAAUGGCGGCUUAGCCACAUUGUCGGCUUGGCUGAGCGGAGGUGGGGCUUUUAGUUUUUUUAAGUUUUAAUCAGGAUUUGAGGAUGUGUUAGAAUUACAAUAAGAUGGGACAAUUAUAAAACUGAACUGUUAACUGUGAAAUAAAAUUUUGUGGUGACAUUUUUGUUUGUUCAUAGACAAUUUAAUGGGUAUGAUGUUUGUUUGUUAAACAAUAUUUGUUUCAGGGUUGAGGAAUAAUAAGUGUUUAAAUUCGUAUGAUAUUGUAGUGUAAUCGAGCAAGGAUUUGAAUAAUCUGGAUUUCCAUAGUCAACGAUCGAACACAACAUUCAAAGGUCACAAUAAUAUUGCAGACUGAUUUAUUUUUUAAUUAACACAUGUCAAUUUGUUACUCACCUUUCUGUAACAUAAAACGCUACCAAAUUAGGUUGUGAAUUCAUCAGUUUUAUAGAAUUAAAUAUUAUCUUUCAUUCAAAUUAAAUAUUUCCUUGUGUACUUAAAAUUAUUUUGACUUAAUUAAUACUUCAAUAAUAUCCAAUAAACAAAAGCUUCAACCUCCUAUACUUAUUAUUAUAGGUAAUAUUUGUUUAUAUUAUAUAAAAUAGGCUUAAAAUAAAUCGUUAGAAGAUUGUUAUGAUAUAAUUGAGAAACGAAGUGCGAGUGAAUACUGCAAUUACCUUAUUAAGAAUUAAUUUAUAAUUAUAAUGCUAAUGAUUUUAUUCAAAAAAUUGUUUUAUCAUUUAAAUUUAAAAUAAUGUAUAUUUUGUAUAUAAUAUUUACAUUCCAAUUUGGUUGAAAAAUGAAGGUCAAGUCUUUCUUUUAAGUAAACGCUGAGAUUUUGUACGAUAAUGAAGUUUUGCUCAUUGACUUUAAUUAUAUAAUUAUCGCACAUGUUUAUUUAAUUUGACUGAUUUUCGUCCGAAGAGGUCCUCAGUAGGUUAUAAAUUGACGGUUUGUAAAUAGUUACACUAAAUUAUACGUAAAUGUAGAAUAUAAAGUUUAUAUCAGACACAAUGUACAUAUUUCGGAUUAUUGUAAAUAUAUGUGAGUUUAUUUAUUAAAUAGGUUCUAAUUAAGUAGUCGUUACCAUUCGCGUGGUGAAAAAUGUUUCCGUUUUGUUCUUAGAACAACUUCGACCUGGUUUCGUCAGAAGCGAACGUUUCGAAAUAUUAUUUGAAAUUGUUAGGCGUGGUACACAUGCAUUGAAUAAAUUACGCGUGCGAAGGCUAAACUCGCGUGUUGCGGCUGAAACCGCAAAAACUUUCCGUGCACGUCCCGAGUCUUACCUGCGAGUCGAAAUGUCAAAUAAGUUUGCAGAACCGCCGAAGUUAACGUAAGCCAAGCCUACGUUCGCGCGAGUUUACCGAUCGGCUUCGCAACUUUGAUGCUCGACAGCAGCGGCUUAUGGUAUUACCGCGUCGAUACUUCUGACGAGGCCAGAUCGCCAAUGUAAUUAUUAGGAAAUAACGACAAAUAAAUGAAUUUUUAAAAGAAUCUAUCGACUGUUUUCCAUUUAAAUUUUAUGUGUAAACGAUUCGCGCAGAAUAGCAUUUAAUUUUUCUGUUAAUCUGGCUUCACGCCGGCUGAGCCCGUGGCGC